AUGCCUAAGUUUGAUAAAUUUAUGAAGGAAUUACUAAAGGGAACGAUAGAGAAAGUGAUCAAGGAACAUGUAAAGAUAACUGAAAAUGAUGAUAUGGUAAUGUCUCAAACAUUGCCACCAAAGCUAAAAGACCCAAGUAAGUUUACUAUUUCUUGUAAUAUUGGUGGAGUAAAGAUCCCAUAUGCUCUGUGUGAUUUAGGGUUUAGUAUAAAUGGCAUGCCACUAAAAAAGGUUAAAGAAUUGAAAGUGGGUGAGAUCACAACGAGUAACAUGACUCUCACUUUAGCUGAUUCGUCUGUUACUCAAUCGCUUGGUAUCUUACCAGACGUGCUAGUACAUGGCAAUGAUUUAGUUUUUCCUGCAGAUUUUGUGGUGCUUGAUACAAAAGGAGAUUCAAGAGGUUUGAUUAUUCUCGGACGCCCAUUCUUGGCAACCGGGAAAGCAAAGAUAGAUGUGGAAACGGGUGAGCUUGUUUUCAAGUUCAACAAAGAAAAAAAUGGUUUUUAA